AUGGAUCAUAUUGUGGGUGGAAAAUUUAAGCUUGGUAGGAAAAUUGGAAGUGGUUCAUUCGGUGAACUCUAUUUAGGUGUCAAUAUUCAAAAUGGAGAAGAAGUUGCCAUCAAGCUGGAAUCUGUGAAGACCACGCAUCCUCAACUUCACUAUGAAUCAAAAAUUUAUAUAUUUCUCCAAGGUGGAACGGGCAUUCCCAACCUGAAAUGGUUUGGAAGUGAGGGAGAGUACAAUGUCAUGGUUAUCGACCUUCUUGGACCAAGUCUGGAAGAUCUCUUCAACUAUUGCAACAGGAAGUUCUCCUUGAAAACAGUACUAAUGCUUGCAGAUCAAUUAAUUAAUAGAGUGGAAUACAUGCAUUCAAGAGGGUUUCUUCACCGUGAUAUAAAGCCCGAUAACUUUUUGAUGGGCUUAGGGCGCAAAGCAAAUCAGGUUUACGCCAUUGACUUUGGUCUUGCCAAAAAAUAUAGGGACCUCCAAACUCAUAAGCACAUACCCUACAGGGAAAACAAGAAUCUUACAGGUACUGCUCGUUAUGCCAGUGUCAGCACACACCUUGGCGUUGAACAAAGCCGAAGGGAUGACUUGGAAUCUCUUGGUUAUGUCCUUAUGUAUUUCCUGAGAGGAAGUCUUCCCUGGCAGGGGUUGAAAGCAGGCACCAAGAAGCAGAAAUAUGACAAGAUUAGUGAAAAGAAGAUGUUAACCCCUAUAGAGAUGCUGUGCAAAUCAUAUCCAUCAGAGUUUGUAUCAUAUUUUCAUUAUUGUCGAUCAUUAAGAUUCGAGGACAAGCCAGAUUAUUCGUAUUUGAAGAGGCUUUUCCGAGAUUUAUUUAUUCGUGAAGGUUAUCAAUUUGACUAUGUUUUUGACUGGACUGUAUUGAAGUACCCUCAGAUUGGUGCCAGUUCUAGAGCACGAAAUCCCAGUGGGAGUGCAGGGUUAAAUGCUGGACCUUCUGGUGAAAGACCGGGGAGAACAUCAGUGGGGCGAGAUAUUCGAGAUAGAUUCUCAGGUGCCGUUGAGGCUUUUUCCAGAAGACAUGCUUCAGGUUCAGGUCACAGACAUAGGACAUCAGAAGAUGUACCUUCAUCAAAGGAUGUGCAACCGGAUUCGGAAAGAGGUAGAACGUCUCGAAAUGGCAGCUCUUCGAAAAGAGCUGCCAUUUUAAGCAGCAGACCAAGCUCGUCUGGUGAACCCACUGAUGGCCGAUCAAGCAGAUUGGUAUCGAGCAGUGGCCGUUUGUCUACCUCAAAAAGAAUUGGGAUUGAACCCAAACUGCCAUCCUUCUCUCGUGGUGCGGUGACCAAAGGUACUCGUAAUGACCCUCUUCGAAGCUUCGAAUUCCUCUCAAUCAGGAAGUAA